UUUCAGUCUGUUGGACUUUUUUGCUACGUUUGUGCGCCAUGCCUGAGCCAGCCAAGUCGGCCCCGGCCCCGAAGAAGGGCUCCAAGAAGGCGGUGACCAAGGCGCAGAAGAAGGACGGCAAGAAGCGCAAGCGCAGCCGCAAGGAGAGCUACUCGGUGUACGUGUACAAGGUGCUGAAGCAGGUGCACCCCGACACCGGCAUCUCGUCCAAGGCCAUGGGCAUCAUGAACUCGUUCGUCAACGACAUCUUCGAGCGCAUCGCGGGCGAGGCGUCGCGCCUGGCGCAUUACAACAAGCGCUCGACCAUCACGUCCCGGGAGAUCCAGACGGCCGUGCGCCUGCUGCUGCCCGGGGAGCUGGCCAAGCACGCCGUGUCGGAGGGCACCAAGGCCGUCACCAAGUACACCAGCUCCAAGUAGACUCGCCAAUGAUGUCUGCCAGCCAGCACAGGAGCCAGGCCUGGGCAGUCUUCCCUUAAGAGGCUUGAUAAGAAUCCUCAACAGAAUACACUGUCGCCUAUCCAUUUACAAAAUACCUUGAGACUCACGUCAUCAAGAGCCCUUCAGUUACUGUCCUCACUUUUGGCAAGUCCACCCUCCUAGGCACUUCUCUGUUGGAUCAGGGAGUGUGGAACAGAGGGUGGUGGUUAGUGCACGGGGUUCUAGGAUCACAGAUCUGAGUGUGCCUAACUUUCUCCCCUAAAUGACGUGUUGAGGGGAAGGACUAGGGCUCUGAGUUUAUUUGUUUAUUUGUUGAGAGCCUCAGAAAGUGAGCUUCAGAGAGUGACAGGUACUUGGGGAAGAGCUCAGUGAGCAGGAUAGAAAUAAUCUUUGACCUCACAGGGCUCCGAGUCUAAAAUGGACAUUUCAAUAGAAGUCUCACAGACUAACAGAAAGGGGAAACCUCUGUCUGAAGGUCACUUUAGCAUUGCCAAAAGUCAAAUGGAUUUAAUCUUGACUAGGACAAUGACAAGGGAAGAGGACGUGGCUAGAGGGAGAGAAGAUUCGAUGUGCAGGAAAAAAAAAACCACGCAGAGUUUGCAUUUAUGGACUAGAGUUAACAACAGGGGCUAUAUAUUUAUUUAUGCUUUUCACCGGGCCAUGUCUCAUUUUGGGUUCACGGGGAUUCUGUAGAAGUUCGGUGCCUAACUAAAACGUAGGAUCUUACUGAAAUGCAGAAAGGAACGCUAUCAUAGAUCUUGUCCAUUAAUCUUGUUAAGGACUGGUUUUUGUGUACACCCUUGGGAGUGACAGACAACCUAAAAUACUCACUGGUUAAAGUAGAUAAAAGACGGUUUCUCUCUCAUGAACAGGUGUAUAAAUGUAAUCUCGGGCCUGGCAUGGGGUCUUCCUAAGGAGCUCAUCUCCCUUUGUGUAAUGUGCGUUGACUCUGUCAUUGGAGAAUACUCUCAAAUAUAUUCUGCUAUUGAAUUCUGCUAUGGAGGACCAACCCAAGACCAACAAACUGGAUGGCCACAACUCAUAAGAAAUGUUAAGUGGGUAAUUCCUAAGUGAGAAACUUACGAGAAGUGUUAUGUGGGUAAGCAAGAAAUUGUAUGAGAUGCAGACAAAAUUCAAAAGCUGUAUUGACUAAAAAUCAUAAAUUUGUUGCCUGUCAGACAUGGUGCACAUAGAGAAAGUAAGCAGAGCUCGUGUGCUACACGGAGAUGGGAAGAGAUGAAAGAGAGCGAGAAAUGCCAGAAUUUGCGCCACACCAAAUAUUUAUGAGGUACUCAGUAUUCAGUCUUACAUUGACCACCCCUUGGUGACUUCCACUUUAGCCCCAUUUGCCUUCUGCAGACAAACACCCUCGUCAAGGGCAUGGCUGCUUGGGAUGUCACGGGCAGCCAAUACAGGAGGCUGUGUGCCCAGAAAUGGCCUGCCCGGUAGUAUAAUUGAAGACAUGAAUGGGGGGUUUGGGGGUUCCUGGAUGGCUCAGCUGGUUGGGCGUCCAACUUCAGCUCAGGUCAUGAUCUCACCGUUCAUGAGUUCGAGCCCUGCAUCAGACUCUGUGCUGGCAGCUCAGAGCCUGGAGCCUGCCUUGAGUUCUGUGUCUCCCUCUUUCUCUUCC